CUCACGGCGCUAAUUUUCUUCUCAGGUUCUUGAGUUCUACUUCUUUCGUCGGACUAACAUAUUUUGCAUUUGAAAUGGAUGAACACAUCAACUUAAACUACUUUAUUGCCUGCUGUGCGGAGUUUCUAGGGGUAAUUUUGCCUUUAGGUUUCUUACACCAAUCAGGUCGCCGAUGCUCGGUAGCAGUGUCCUCUACCGUCAGCGGUGUGUUACUCCUAAGCCUUCUUAGUCCAUCCUUGGGAAGUAAGUCAUCUAAGACGCUAUUCUUUCUCAGUAAACUCACCAUAUCAACUUGCUACACAAUACUGCCUGUCUGGACUGUGGAACAGAUGCCUCUGGAGCUUCAAGAUAGUGGUCUUGGUCUUGCAGAGGUCGUUGGUCAUAUAGGACCCCUGAUUCUACCGGCAAUUAUGUAUUUU